ACUAAAAACAAAAAUACUCCUAAAUCCUAGACCAGAAAAAUAAUAACAAAAAAAAGGACAAAAAUGUUUGGAGUCAGAACGAACUUCGAAUUGGGUGAUAGACCUACUCGUGGUUCAUCCCGAAUCAUAAAUUAUGGGCUCUGCAAGUUGGCUCUGUCGUCCUGCAUCAAUUUUUUUAGUGGGUAGAGUGCUAAGCUGUUGUUGAAUGGUUAAAGCUCAUGUUUCUUAAUAUAUACCAAAGUUCUAUAGUUAGUAAACACAUAAAUAUCCAAUGAAAAUGGUUUCAAUGAGAUAUGGAACUACUAUGGUUAUGCUGUAUCCUCUAGUAGUACUUGACAGAAGUUAGACCAUAACCUUCAUAGUCUAGAUUUUCAGGAAGCGACCCUUUUCCAUUUUAUGUUGGUGGAUUCCUGAAACAUUUCUCUAACUUAUGUUGGUAGGUUUUAGGUUAAAGUUCAAUGAAAAACAUUUAUUGUGCUGAUUCCAAAUGGUCAAGCAUAAAUUGAGAACACAUGCAGCAUUAUGUUGAGUUUUUUCAUAUUGGGGCAUAUUGGCUAUGGGCCAUUUGGGAUCUAUUUGGGUACAAUCAAUUUGGUCAGACCUCAUGAAUGCUCAUUUGUUCCUAUCAAGCUCCCUUCUAGGCACUGAUCCAUUAUUUUCUUUCUGUUUUGAUCAGUUCACCUUGGCAAUACACUGAUUGGUCUGAUCCUAGCAUAAGAAUUAUUGUUAAGGUUUUCUACUCCUAAUAAAUGAAGAAAACCAGUUUGGAUGAACUCUGUACUUGCUUAUUUUUUCCCUUGUUAUCAAUCUCAUUAUGUUUUACAAGGAUACACCUAAAAAUAAACCAAUGGUAAAUGCCAUUAUGAGUUUGUGAGUUUGGUAUUUCCAUACCAUUUUACAGAUUGUCGAUACACUUGUAAUAGAUUUGAAGUCUCAUGGAUUUUGGCUAAUUUGUAAAUGUAACAUAUCCUGAAUAAUGUUCGAAUUACAGUAGCAACAAAGUUGGACCAUGUUUUAACUAAUGCAAAGCUAAUUAGGGCUGCAAGAUUGUAGUCGAAUAUAAUCAUGUGGCAUAGAGUUUGAAUUAAUUGCUACAUUGAAACUCCUUUUUCCUGUACUUGGCAUAUGUCUACUUAUUGUCUAUAAUGUUCUUUGUUUGUUGCUCUUGGGUGUUACAUACUUUCUCUAUGAUUUUGUUAGUAGUUGUGUGCUGGUUGCAUAAUCCUUUGGUCCUUUCUUCUUAUUGAUCAAUAUUGGAUUGGUUAACAAUUUGCUAUUGCAUUGGCAUGAAGUUUCUCUUGAGCUUUUAAAGAGCCAUUUGGGUUCCUCAUUGUGUGAUUAGAUCAAUACACUAAGUGAACAUUAAGUGAGGACAAAAACAGGUCCUAUUUAGAGGGAGUUCGUUUUGAUUGACAACAUUUGUCUUUCAUCUUUUGUGUGCUUACUGCAAUUCGGUUUAGUUUGAAAAGGGAGAAUCUGAUGGUGUUGAAAUUUGAAGUGUGUUCUUGAAUAUAUCUUAUUAUUUGUCUGGUUUUCGCAGUUUAAAAAUCUUCAUUGAAAUUAGACGGAUUUUUUUACCAAUUUGUUCUGUCAUAUGAUAAAGUUUCAAAACAAGCUAAUUAGUCAAUUACUUGAAAAAAAAGAAGAGAGAAAACCCAUAAUUUUUUCUAUUCUUUUCCCUUUUGUUUUGUUUCAUAGAAACAUCAAAACCUUUUCUCUAGCUUCUAUACUUUUUUAUAAAUAAAAAACAAUAGCAUAUAAGACUGAACACUUAGCAUCUUUUUUACAAACUGAAACUGACCAGUUCAUGUAGGAAAGAAAUGGCCUUUGAGGUCUGUAUCUUCUCCAAAGAAUUUGUUAUGCAGUUGAGGAAUGAUGGCUACUAAUACAAUAUUAUAACAAGCUAGAUUCAAUUUUUCUAGUUACUAAUAAUGUUCAUCAAAUUUUAGUAUUUUUCAAUCAACUCUCUAUAAGUAGACUGUUGGAGAAUAUCUAAAUGCCCCUGACACAUGGUGAUUUAUGGGAUAAUAUAAGAGCGCUUUAUAAGAGAUGGUUGAGUCUAACAAGUUAAUGGGUUAGUUCUCUCUAUUCUGGGCAACCUAUUGGCUAUAUAUAUUGCUUUUGUGGGCUACUUAUUGACUUUUGCUGUGCUCAGUUAUUGCUAUUAUGUGCCGUGUAUUGAUUAGUUUGCUUAAGAUACUAGUCUAACUUUGACAUAAGCAUGCUGGUUGAGACUACUAAAAUCAGGGUGCGUGUUAACCAGUGUUGUUUACCAGAUACUAGUAAUUUGUUCUGGCAACUUAUCUUGUGUACUACUGUGGUUCUUAGGCUUGGAGGAAGAAUGCAAUCAAGUACACGUAGAUUACUAUCUACAGGUUAAUUUUUUAAUUAUACAUUCAGAUGUUGUGCUUAAUGGUGGCUUUGAGAGUUAUAAAUAAUCAAGCAUUAUUUCAAUUUAGAGAUUUUUUCUACCUGUGGUCGGGUGCAAUAGAAAAAAAUAUUAAUCAAGUUAGGUAGCGUUGAACCUGGGACGACUGACCCGGCCUGGCCCUAUGGAUGUUUUCUACCGGCUGCUAGGAUAAAUUGGGAAGCGCUCGCGACGGGUGGCCUAGAAGCCCAACAUCUCUUGAUUACGGUCCCAUUUGGAGGAAAAAUUCCUUCAAAUGCGUCAUAACUGAGAAUCAAACUGUGGGUGUCUGGAUGACAACUGAGCGCCAUUCCAUUGUACCAUAGCCUCGGGGGCAUGAUCGGGUGCAAUAGAGCUGCAUUUGGAAGUCGUUUAUUGUUGUAACUAUCAAUCAAUACUUGGAGUAUUUUUUUUAGCAGAUCUUGUCCAAUCCAAAGAAAAUACUACAAAGAGUUGCUACAUCUUUUCUUUCUACCUCAAUCUAGGAUUGGGUCAGCUGCUACUUCCAAUAUAUUGAUUCAGCAAGCAUUCUGAUAGGUUGUGUAUGGUUCAGGAAAUAACUUCUCCUACCUCAACUGAUCUGAAUGAUAUAGAUGUCCUCACCUUUGUUUUUGAUCUAAUUGUUUUCAGUUAUUCUUUCAAAACAUCUGCUUCCUGUGCAGGGUUCUAACCUGUAAGGGGAGUUUCUCAGCUGAUAAAAAAAGCACAGUGCAAAGUUUUCACAACAUGAACAUGAUCAGCACUUGUAAUAAAGAGUAAAUCAGGAGUAGAAUGGACUGAUGACACUGCCAUCAAGCUCCUGGGAGCGCCUUGGGAGGGAGGAAUAAACAACUCCGAUGAUCUCAGAUCUAGCAAAAAAACAUUAAACAAUUAGUUCAUGUGGUACAAGGAGAUCCAGCAUUGAUCAGGUCGCCAGUGGUACAAGGAGAAUCCUUUCAUUGGAUUUACAAGUACAUCCCAUGGCAUGAGUCUCAGUCAUUUUUGCUUGUUAGAUUGAAUAUUCGGGUGCACUUCAUCUUGAGAAGGUCCAGUAGAUGGCUUAAGCAGUAAAUGGAACUUUAUGCACAGUCAGUAACUUCAACUUGUUAGUUUAUAAGCUUGAUUGCAUGGGCAUUUAAGAAACUUCAGGAUCUUAGUUGUGGAUGACCCAACAUGAUGAUCUCCAUGGAAAUUGCUACGGAGGGUUCUACAAUUGCUCGAUUCAGAUGGAGUUGAUCGCAUUCAUCAGAUUCUACCACGAGAUCAAAUGUUGUCGGAUUUCUCUAGUGUGGAGCCCUUGGUAGCUAUUCCUGUAUCUCAUUUCUCGAUCGACCUACCCCAGUAACAGCUAAUAAAUUUCCAGUAAAUGCAGUCAUCACAAGAGAUUAUAGUUUUGGUGAAAAUUAAGCAUAAUAAGAGGUCGUGCUCCACGGUUCGGUAGGACGACUUGGACCAGUACGGCCUCCAUCUCAGGCAGCUACAGUACAUUGAAUUACUCCGCCAGGAGGAGAGGAGGAGGCGAUAAUUAAUGGGGAAGAGCAGCGGAAAGAGGCCGUACAACGGGGUGCGGCGGCGGAGCUGGGGCUCGUGGGUGUCCGAGAUCAGGGCGCCACUUCACAAGACCCGUAUCUGGCUCGGUUCCUACUCCACCCCGGAGGCCGCCGCCCGCGCCUACGACGCCGCCCUCCUCUGCCUCAAGGGCUCCUCCGCGGCCACCUUCAACUUCCCCGCCGCCCUCCCCUCCGGCCGCCUCAUCGCCCCUGCUGCUUUGUCUCCCAAGUCCAUCCAGAAACUCGCUGCCGCUGCUGCAGCCGCCGCCGCCGCCAACUCUCCUCCUCCACCUUCAUUGCCUUCAGACUCCGACGAGGACCACUGCCGGCCUGUUGUCGUGCCGGCGAUUUCCAACUCCACGACGGCGACCGAGAGGGAGGAAGUAGUAGCGGAUGAGACUUGGGUGGAUCUUGAACCGCUGAUGCAGUCGCCGAAGAACGCGGAUGAUCAAUAUGUGGCGGUCUCUUCUAAUUAUUGGCCGGAGGACUGGGAGGAGUUGGCCGCCGGCGACAUGAACCUGUGGAACUUUUGCUAGAGAUCAUCACACUAUAUAUUGCUCAGUUAAUUAAUUUGUUCUACUUGUUUGUGGAGAUCGAUCGUAGAUCGAAAUAUGUCGAUCGAAUCUAGUAGAACUUAAUCAGUUUGUUCUAAUAAAGGCACAAUAAUAUUGCAGCUUAUAAUUAGAGAAAAAAGAUUCAUCCAUGUUCCUUUUC